GAAACUUCGCCACUACAUGUUAACCAACACCACUUACCUACUUUCAAGAAUGGAUCCCAUAAAAUUCAUUUUUGAAAAACCUACCCUUUUUGGAAGAAUCUCUCGAUGGCAUAUGCUGCUUUCCAAAUUUGAUAUUGUUUACACAACACAAAAAGCCAUCAAAGGGCAAGCAAUUGUAGAUCAUUUAGUCGAACAUGCGGCAGAGGAUUAUGAGCCUAUUGAUUGGGACUUUCCUGAUGAAGACAUUUUGGCAGUGGAGGCAGAAUCAGAUUUAGAUAAUUGGAAGCGCUUCUUUGAUGGAGCUGUUAACCAGCUUGGUUGUGGCCUUAGAGCCAUGUUGGUAUCCCCAAAGGGUGAUCAUUUUCCUAUUGCUAUAAAGCUUGAUUUUGCUUCACUAAUCAUAUGUCAAAGAAAUGGUAAUUGGCAAACCAAGGAUCCAAAACUUAUUCCCUAUCACCAAUAUCUUGAAACUCUCAUCAAGAAAUUUAGAUUCAUCUCUUUAAACCAUAUGCCCCGUGCCAAGAACCAAUUUGCGGAUGCUUUGACUUCUUUAGCCUCCAUGAUCCAAAUCUCCAAUGAUGAUGUAAUCAAGCCUUUAAGGAUUGAAAUUAGUCAAGAACCUGCACAUUGCAUGGAAAUCAAAGUUGAUGACAAACCAUGGUUUCAUGAUAUUAAACAGUUCUUGCAAAAUGGGGAAUACCCUCUACAUGCUUCUAAGGUGAAUAAGAAUACAAUCAGAAAAUCGGUAGCUUCAUACUUCUUGAGCGAAAAUACAUUGCAUAAGCGCUCUACUGAUAUGACCUUGUUGAGAUGUGUUGAUGAGACAGAAGCAAAACAAGUCAUGAUUGAGGUCCAUGAAGGGAUAUGUGGGACACAUGCAAAUGGAAGAAUGCUUGUUAGAAAAAUUCUCCGAGCUGGGUAUUAUUGGUUGACUAUGGAACAUGACUGUAUCAAGGCAAUUAAUCCUAAAGCUUCCAAUGGUCAUCAAUUUAUCUUGGUUGCUAUUGAUUAUUUUACCAAAUGGGUAGAAGCAACAUCUUAUGUUAUUGUUACAAAGAAGGUGGUCACUCGCUUCAUCAAGAGAGAGAUCAUCUAUAGAUAUGGGCAACCAGAGGCCAUCAUUACUGAUAAUGCAAGCAAUUUGAACAAUGACAUGAUGAUUGCGCUAUGCAAGCAAUUCAAGGUCAAGCAUUUGAACUCUUCUCCAUACCGACCGAAGAUGAAUGGUGCGGUGGAAGCUGCCAACAAGAAUAUCAAGAAGAUUCUAGCUAAAAUGACAGUUACUUAUAAAGAUUGGCAUGAAAUGUUGCCAUAUGCUCUCCAUGCUCAUAGAACCUUUGUUCGCACUUCAACUGGGGCAACCCCUUAUUCCUUGGUAUAUGGAAUGGAGGCAGUACUACCAAUUGAGCUAGAAAUUCCUUCCAUGAGAAUUUUAUCCGAGUCGGGGAUUAAGGAAGAAGAUUUGAUUCAGAAAAGGAUAAAUCACCUCAACUUGCUUGAUGAGAAGAGAUUGGCAACUCUUUGUCACGGUCAAUGCUAUCAGUGACGAAUGGCAGCAGCUUACAACAAGAAAGUCAAACCUAGAGUAUUUCAUCAAGGAGAUCUCAUCUUAAGAAAGAUCAUGCCAAAUGAAAAGGACCCUAGGGGCAAAUUCGCAUCGAAUUAUGAAGGACCCUAUGUUGUUAAAGAAGCUUUCUCCAGAAGAGCACUCUUGUUGAGAUAUCCAGAUGGAACUGAUUAUCAUCACCCAAUGAAUGUUGAUGUUGUCA